AAACAGAGUUUCGAAAACCACUUUCAAACUCUCUCUCUCUCUCUCUCUCGCUCUAAAAUCUCUGGGAAUUCCGGCCUCCGUCUGCAACCUGAAAUGGGGGAAACCUUGAGCCCAAUUUUGAAGCAAAGAGCUCCUCCAUUUUCCCCGAUAAAGAGCCCUCUGUUUGCAAUAGGCUCCAACGACGACAAGCUCGAGCGGGCUCAGGCCCGCGCCGCACGCGCCGCCGCCAUCCGCCGCAAGCCCACCGUCGUCUCCACCUCCGUCUCGCCCGAGACCGACUCGUGUCUUGGGAAGGAACAGAUCCUCGACUUGUUCCACAACUGCAUCAAACUAGCCAGCGAAAAUAAAAUCAAUCAGAAAAAUACGUGGGAGCUGACUUUGAUAGAUCACCUCUGCGAGAUCAUUAAGGUCGAAGAAGAAGAUGAUACUGAAACCAAUUUCCAAAAGGCUAGUUGUACACUUGAAGCUGGGGUUAAGAUUUAUUCAAUGAGAGUGGAUUCUGUACAUUCUGAGGCAUAUAAAGUUCUUGGAGGAAUUAAUCGGGUUGGGCAAGAAGAUGAAAAAGAUGAUGCUGUCGAGGAUGGUAAUGUCACUGCUGGACAAGGGGAAGAUGAUGAAAAGAAAGAGCAAGGGAGAAAGUUGUCACCUUUGUCAACACUGGAGUCGUCUUUUACCGCCAUAAAUGUAAAGAAAUUUGAUGUUGCAUUUGUGGUGGAUCCUCUCUACCAUCAGACGUCAGCGCAAUUUGAUGAAGGUGGAGCGAAGGGUCUGUUGCUGAACAAUCUCGGAGUUUAUGGUAACUGCCAGGUCCUUUUUGAUUCAUUGGAAGUACCGGGAAAGUGUUCAUCUCCGGUGGCUCGAGAUGAGGGUGCUGAGAUAAUUGAUCUGUCUUUUGCUAGUGAGUGCAUCGAGCAGAUGGUGUCGGAUAUGCUUAACAGUUCUGAAAUAUCUCCCAGCCUUAGGGCUAUAGUAAAUCAAUUGGACACAGAUGACGGAAGACAAUCUGAGCCAUUUAAUCUUGGGCAAGUUAAUGGAAGUCCCGGCAGGGAUGAUGAUGUAUCUGCGGACACAUUUGGGGACUACGGAGCUUGGGACGACGAUCAUGAUGAUCAAGCAAGUGUGAUAGAUGAGGCUACUCAUAAUCAGGAUACAACGUUCCCAAGCCAGCAUGAAGCUCCUUAUUUGGGUGACGAACAGUCAAAUGUUUAUGACCCUGAUGAGGAUGACAGAUCUGAGGAAGUUGAUAGUUAUUUGUUUUUAAGUCUGGGAUUUUCAACCAAGCAAAAUGCCUGGGCAGGUCCCAAUCACUGGAAAUUCCGGAAAACGAAAGAACCUGAGGUUCCAGCAGAGGAAACUGGAUCACCAAAGUCGAAGAAAACAAAAAACAAGAAAGCAGAUGUGGAUCUUGAUUUUUCAAACACUAUUGGCACUGAUUUUUCGCAAAUCUUUGCUCCUCCGAAGAAUCCCAAGUCCCUAUUGCUUCCAGCAAAUAGAGCACCUUGCAACACCAGACUUCCUGAAGAUUGUCACUACCAACCAGAGGAUCUUGUUAAGCUGUUUUUGCUACCUCAUGUUUUGUGCCUUGGAAAGACUAGAAGGAAGAAAACUGAUAAUGAAAAUCUACAAAGAGAUGGGGCUGAAGCAACGGCAUCUUGGGAUGAUGGAGAUGAUUUUGGUGGUGGCUUCGAUGAUGGACAUGCUUAUAGUGACGUUGAAGAGCCAAGCACGCUUGUUUCUCAACCACGACAGGUGAGCAAGAUUGAGGUCCAGUACGACAAGACAUCGAAACAAGUUGAUGUUCAUGCACUAAAGGAAACACUAUGGGGCCAUAUACAACGUCUGAAUCAAACCCCGGUUGAGGACGAGGCACACGAUGAAUCCAUCUCCUUCAAGCAACUCUUGGCUAAUUUCCCAGAUAGCUGCAGAGCAGCAGCAUCUCUUAGUGACAUCUCCACACACCUGUGCUUCAUAUGCCUAUUGCAUCUAGCAAACGAGCACGAGCUGCAGAUCCUCGGCUGCCCCACCUUGGACGACCUCAGCAUACGCCUCAAACCUCAAAACUGACUCGAUUUAAGCUCCAGUGUUGCUGUGUUAUGUAGAGUUUGCGUCGUAGGAUAUGGUGCAGUCUCAUAGAUAACAAAUUAAAUAGUUGAAAUGUUGUAGUAGUGUUCCAUUGAAAGACAGAAGAAUUUGAUUAGGAGCAAGAGUGCUUGCAGCUGAUGUUGAUUGUGUUUUUAUUUGUUACUGCUGUGUUAUCUUAGAAAAAACCUUUUUUGUAAGUAAAUUUGUGAAUGCCGUGUUUCAAAUUAAAUUAUCUUUCCACUUUUCUUCA